UAGCGCGAUCUUGGCUCAAUGCAACCUCCACCUCCUGGGUUCAAAUAAUUCUGCUGACUCAGCCUCCUGAGUAGCUGGGAUUACAGGUGCCCACCACCAUGCCCAGCUAAUUUUUUUGUAUUUUUAGUGGAGACAGGGUUUCACCAUGUUGGCCAGGCUGGUUUUGAACUCCUGACCUCAGGUGAUCCACCUACCUCGGCCUCCCAAAUCGCUAGGAUUACAGGCAUGCGUCACCGUGCCCGGCCUUGUGAUAGUGUCUUACUCUGUCACCCAGGCUGGAGUGCAGUGGUGCAAUCUUGGCUCACUGCAACCUUCGCCUCCCAGAUUCAAGCGAUUCUUGUACCUCAGCCUCCUGAGCCACUGAGACUACAGGCACGUGCCACCGUGCCUGGUUAAUUUUUUGUGUGUGUGUGUGUGUGUGUAUGUGUUUGUGUGUGAUGGAGUUUCGCUCUUGUUGCCCAGGCUGGAGUGCAGUGGUGCAAUCUUCGCUCACUGCAACAUCUGCCUCCUGGGUUCAAGCGAUUCUCCUGCCUCGGGCUCCUGAGUAGUUGGGAUUAUAGGCACCCAACACCAUACCCGGGGAAUUUUUUGUAUUUUUAGUAGAGACGGAGUUUCAUCAUGUUGGCCAGGCUGGUCUUGAACUCCUGACCUCAGGUGAUCCACCCGCCUCGGUGUCCCAAAGUGCUGGGAUUACAGGCGUGAGACCUGUGCCCAGCCUCUGUCUCUCUCUCUCUCUCUCGACUAGAGAGACUGACCGGGGACAAUCAACUCUCUCCAGACUGACAGAGAGAGAGAGGGAGAGAGAGAGAGAGCGAGAAAGAGACAGAGUCUGGCUCUCACCCAGGCUGGAAUGCAGUGGUGUGAUCUUGGCUCACUGCAACCUCCGCCUUCCGUGUUCAAGCGAUUCCUGUGUCUCAGCCUCCCAAGUAGCUGGGAUUGUAGGUCCGCACCACCAUGCCCGGCUAAUUUUUGUAUUUUUAGUAGAGACGGCUUUGCCAUAUUGGCCAGGCUGGUUUUGAACUCCUGACCUCAGGUGAUCCGCCAGCCUGCGCCUUCCAAAGUGCUGGGAUUACAGGCGUGAGUCACCGCGCCCGGCCAAAUAAAAUAAAAUGUUAAAGUAAAUUCAGGACUACCCCUCCUCCAAGUCUUCUGUCCCCUUUGGGCGCCCACGUGAGCGGGGGAGGGGCUGGGGGAAUAAUAACAUCAAAAGAGCGCCUUUUCCUCCCUUAUUCCGAGGAGACUUCCCUGAGCCUGACUCCCGGUCCUGUCCUCAGCGCCCCGCGGCCUCUCCAGCCCCUUCAGUGGCCAAGAUGCAGAGAUCAGGACGCCUUUGCGCCGCCCCAGGUGCCCGCCCCUAGCUGCCUCCGCCUGGGCCCCGACGGAAGGUGAGGUCGGGGGCCGGGCCAGGGCGUGGCAGCCGGGGUGUGUGUACCCUGAGCUUGGUGCCUCCGGUGGCCCGGCAGCACCGUCCCACCUCUGCCACCCUCCGAUGGGGCCGCUACCUGUGUGCCUGCCAAUCAUGCUGCUCCUGCUGCUGCCGUCGCUGCUGCUGCUGCUGCUUCGACCUGGCCCCGGGUCCGGCGAGGCCUCCAGGACAUUACAUGUGUACCGGCGUGGGAUCCUGGAACUGGCAGGAACUGUGGGUUGUGUUGGUCCCCGAACCCCCAUCGCCUAUAUGAAAUAUGGUUGCUUUUGUGGCUUGGGAGGCCAUGGCCAGCCCCGUGAUGCCAUUGACUGUUUAUUCUGCCUCCAACCUCUAAGAAAUUCCCAGGAAAAAUGGAGCAUUACGGUGUGUCUUCCCAUUUCCAGGACCUGAAAGAUUGCUUGCCAUUCUCAGAGAGAGGGUAUAAAAAUUAGACCCUGGUGGAGGCCAGCUUGGGGUGUUGGAUGAGCCUCUGACAGAGGAUAUGAAUCUUGGCUGCAGGUGCUGGUGAAGGAUGGUGGGGUUGACAAACCUACAUCAAACAAGCCUCCAUUCUAGGGGAGCCAUCACUCACCUCUCUGCACUCUGGUGGCCAAUGCUAAUGAGAUCCCAGGUCAUAUACAACCCCUGCCCAAAAGCUGGGGCCCAGCCUUUCAGCAGACAGAGACAGAGUAGUCCUUGGAGGAACUAUGAAGGAGACCGCGCUCAGCUGUAUCUCCUCCCUACUCUCCAGUCCUCAUUUGGAGUGGCGCUUCUGCUAUCUUCCUCUGCCUCUGCAUCAUCUUCUUAAUUCCUUGCCUAGGGUAUGGCCUCUCUCAAAUAACUAAAUGAAUGUGGUUGAGUAUUGCAUCAUGUGUUCUUCAUUCCUCCUGGUGGCUGUUAUAUUUACAAGGAGACCCCAGGCAUAAGACAAAUGCCUGGGAAAAACCUAAGGAAUAAAUGUUUGAUUGUCAUGUUUCAAGCACCUACUAGGAGGUGGUUUGGAAGGCGUCUUGACAGCCCUUUUGAAAAUGGAAGUUCCAUCAUCCAUUUAUCGAUAAGUGGUCCUGACCAUCAGCUGAAAGGAAACUGAGUAUAGAUGAUGAUGAUGAGGAUGAUGAUGAUGAUGAUGAAGAAACAGUGACAGCAAUGAUGAUGACGAGAUGAUGAUACAAGCUAACGUCUGACAAGUGCUUGCCAAACACCAGGCACGACAUUAAGAGUUUACAUCUACAUGGGCGCAGUGGUUCACGCCUGUAAUCCCAGCAAUUUGGGAGGCCAAGGCGGGUGGAUCAUGAGAUCAAGAGAUUGAGACCAUCCUGGCUAACACGGUGAAACCCCAUCUCUACUAAAAAUACAAAAAAUUAGCCGGGCGUGGUGGCGGGCGCCUGUAGUCCCAGCUACUCGGGAGGCUGAGGCAGGAGAAUGGCAUGAACCCAAGAGGUGGAGCUUGCUGUGAGCUGAGAUUGCGCCAUUGCACUCCAGCCUGGGCAACAGAGUGAGACUUCAUCUCAGAAACAAACAAACAAAAACAGUUUACAUCUACAAGCUCAUCUACUCCCAUCAGCUCUGUUGGUGGGCACUCUUGUUAUUCAGAAAUGAAGACACCUCAGAGUCUUCAGAGAGGUUCAAUAACUUACAUGGAGUUAAGAGCAAUGACUUAAGUCCCGGGUUUGAAUCCUGUCUCUGCCACUUAGAAGCUAUGAGAUUGAAGGCAGAUUCUCUGAGACUGCUUCCCACUUUAUAAAGUGGGAUCAGCCUCAUGGGCAGCUGUAAUGAUUCCAUGGGGAAUGCAGGCAGAGCCCUUUGCACAUCCUCUGGCACAUGCUGAACACAUGGUAUCAUCACUCACUUCUGUUACACAGUGCAUCACAGGCAGCGCCCACUUUCCUCUCCCCAAUAUUUUAUGCAUGUAUUCAUCUUCCCCAUAAGUCUGUAUCUGGGGGAAAUUUUCAUGUUUUAUUCCUCUUUGAAAAUACUUCCCUAGGAACUUUAAAUAUAGUCAGUUAGAUGGCUAGAAUUGGAAUAAUAACAACAAACAGGUAUUGAAUGCAUACAACAUGCUAUGCACAGUUCUAAGUCCUUCCAACAACUGUGUUGUGUAGGUACUAUUAUGCUUGCUUUGCAAUUGAGAGUAUCAUGGCAUAGACAGAUUAAGUAACUCUCCUGAGUUCCUGCUACUGGCAAGCAGUGGAUUCAGGAGUGGCUCCAGGAGGUCUGGAUCCUGAGCCUGUGCCUAUGAUCUGUAUUCCAUAAAUAUCCUCUUUGCCAAUUCUCAUUGCCAUUUAAAUGUUUCAAAGCAGUAGGAGCUUGAGGCUCCCACAGGGUGGGCCACUUGCUCUACGUCACACAGUUAAUUUAGUAGUGGAGCUGGGGCUGAAACUGAGCUCCCUGGACUGCCAGCCCGGUGCUCCUGAUACGAGGUGUGCCCUGUCAUAAUGUAUGGUGAUUCACUGGGAGAGAAGCUGUAGGAGGCUGACAUUUUCCCAGCCUCAUCUGUGUUUGCUGCCCACACGUCAAGGCCUGAAUGUCAAAGUCCCCCACGCUGCUAUGCUGGAGGGGAGGAGGGAAGCCCACUCACUAUUAUUAAGCAAUUAAAAAUAUGAGCAGAGCGAAUGUGGGACAGUCCCACUUCUCUGACGUGUUGGGCAACAAGGUAGCUGGCUGCGUCUCACUCACACAGAGAGACAUUUAAGGGACUAAAUGAAAA